CGUGGCGUUAACUCAAGCGAGACGGUGAACUAGGAGAGGACUAUAUGUAUAAUGUCGGCUACAGUUUCAAAGCAAAUACCGAACGAACAAGCAUGGCGGUUUCUUCUGGCUGGAACGUCCAAUAUGUGUGGGGCCUUUGUAACCAAUCCCGUAGAUGUGAUAAAGAUUCGGAUGCAACUAGAAAAUGAACUGUCAAGUAAACUGGGAAAGUUAGGAGUAUUUAAAGAUAGAUAUUAUAGAGGUUUCGCCCAUGGUGGUGUUGUUAUUUAUAGAGAUGAAGGGAUUAGAGGUUUAUAUAAAGGAUUAGCACCGUCUAUGUUACGUGAUGGGUUUUACAGUGGUUUCAGGCUUGGAGCUUACGAACCAAUGAAAGUUCUUUUCGGGGCUACAGAUCCCGCCCACACUCCGUUAUGGAAGAAGAUAUGUGCCGGUGCUAUAUCAGGUGCGAUAGGAAGUUCAAUAGCAACGCCCACUGAUCUGGUCAAAGUUCGGUUACAAGCACAGCGUCAGCCUAAGCCUGGAGAAACGCCCAGAUAUCCCACAAUGCGAGCAGCUUUUAAAGAAAUUCUACAAAAAGAAGGUAUUCGGGGUCUGUAUGUUGGCAUCGGACCUACUGUUAAAAGAGCCGCCAUACUGACAGCCACACAGAUACCAGCAUAUGAUCAUACCAAACAUACAAUAUUGAAUCAUGAAUUAAUGAACGAAGGACCAAAGCUACACAUAGUAUCAUCAAUGGUUGCAGGUUUGGCUACAGCUAUAACAACUUCCCCUGUUGAUGUUGUUAAAACUAGGAUUAUGAAUCAACACGGAACAGGAGCUGAUAAAACAUAUACGUCGGCAUUUGAUUGUUUGUUUAAAACUAUUCGAUCUGAAGGACCUCUAGGAUUAUACAAAGGUUUUAUACCAAAUUGGUUGAGACUUGGUCCACAUACUAUAGUCACUUUUUUCAUAUUUGAACAAUUACGUCACGGUAUUGGUAUGAGACCAAUCUAACGAAGGCAGCAUUUCCGUACAAGAUUUUAAUAAAGAUAAAUAAUGUGGUGUAAGGUGUUUUAUAUGGAGAUUAAUGACUAUAGUACUGAUGAGAAACUCAAACCGCAUUUAAUUUCAAAACACAAAUCAGUCUUUCAGUGAUGUAGAUAUUCCUAGAUAAGUGUGUUUUAAUGGUAAUAUUUUUGGAAUGUCGGCAGUGCCAGAUUUAGGACAGAUUAUAUGGAAGGAUAACGUUGCCAAUAUUAUUUCAAUGUUCACGUUGCAAAUUGCAUUAUAAUGUCAGCAGUUCAAAAUAUGUAUUUUAGUUUUACAAUUUGCAAUUUCCAUUGCUCCACAAUACCAAUGUCACAGUGUUAAAAAGCACUAUUCAAUAAUACAAAAUAUAUUUUAGGGUAUCGCGGCCAAUAUUAAAUGAUCUGCGACAAUGUCGUUUCCAUUGAUUAUAUGUAAAAAGUACGAUGUACAAAGUCCUAAUACCGAUAAUGAUAAAGUCAAAAUACCUCUAAGGCAAAAGUAAAUGUAAAGUUGACGGUUGAUCACACGGGUCCCUACUAUACAGAGAUCUAAGUACAUGUAUCCAUUAAUGGGGAAUCUGUAUGGAGGAAGUCUUAAAAAGAUAUUUCAAUUUAUUUAUUUAUAAUUCCGAAGAUAUCUUAGUUUCCAAUUUAGUAUGUUCUACUAAAAACCUUUCAUACUUAUUAAUAUUGAGUAUUUCGUUUCGUAGCUUAGCCCGAUAUAUAUAGAACUUAGUUAAAAUAAUUACAUGAUUAAUGAAGAUCCAUUCAGUAUUAUUUAUAUAAUCUGGUUUGUUAGUUAAACCAAGAUGUUUGAUAUGUGUUUUUAUAUUUAUCUUUACAUUGCUGCGAUCUAACAUAGUCUGAAAAUGAUUCCAUAUUAUUUGUGAAAAUGGACAGAAAACAAAGAGAUGUUCUACAUUUUCUAUAUUAGAUUCGCAGAGGUAUUUUAACUUUAUCAUAACCCGUUUUUAGGACUUUGUACAUUGUACUUUCUACAUAUAAUCAAUGGAAAAGGCAUUGUUGCAGAGCAUUUAAUAUUGGCAGCAAUACCCUACCAUAAAAAUACAGUAUAAUAGUUAUUUUGCACAUUACACUUCUCCAUUCUGAAAUUUGCAUAAGAGAAAAAUGCAUAAUAAAACUAAGCAUAUUAGAACAUACAUUAUAUGGGAUCUGCAACGAAGCUCAGUUGCAUACGGAAAAAAUUCCGGACUAGGCCGGAAAUUAAUAAUUUACGCAUUUGUCUAUUGUGCAAAAUGCAGAGUGUAAUAUGCAAAAUAUACUAUAUAUUGUAAACGGCUCAUGCUUUCAAGAGAGAAUGGGGAUCUCCAUUCCCCCUAUGGCCCUAAGUAUUAUCUUUAUCUUACGGGUAUGUACUUUUUGAUCUUUCCAGGUCUUUCAAACGUGGUUUAAUAUAAAAAAAUAAGCACAAAAGUUGUAAUAUAUUUUAAUAUAUAAUAUUGUAUAUCAGAGAAGAAUGCUACGAAUUUCUUAUUUUUAUAAUCCCACAUUUCAUGUACUUACACUUAAACUAGAUGCGUAUAUGACCACGUGCAUAUGGUUUGUUGAUAUAGUGAAGGUUGAAUGAUUCGUAGAUUUUCCCCAUUUUAUUUUUUAGGAUUUAUUUUGGAUAUUUUAUUCCAGAUACUUUUAUAUCAUUCACUAAUAAAGAAAAAUCUCUUAUAUAUGAAAAUAUAUGGCACAAACAGGCCGAAAUCGUCAUUUUAUAUACAUAAUCUUUAGUAAUCAAGAGCCACGGUGGUUAAGUGCGUAAGACGCUAGCUCGUUAGCUUGGAGAUCGCGGGUUCGCUUCAGGUGUUGGCCGAGAAAGUUCAUCGGCAUAUUGCGUCGUGGUUUCCUGCUGUCAGGGUAGCAGUCCGAAGGGUCUGACAUGGCCAUCUGUCUAUUCGCACCGUAAACACAUUGGCGUGCACGUAAAAUAUUCCUUGGCAGUUGGAACUCGAUGUAAGAGUAGGCCGUAGCGCCGCUGUUCGGACAAAACUUCCCUCACAGCACGCUCACAGUAGGAGCAAAAUAGUAGGACGUUAAAACACAUUUCAUUUCAUUUUGUUUAGUAAUCAGUAGUCAUAAGUUAUGUGUUAUGUUACUAAGGCGUCAAAACCGUGAAUAUUAGCCAGAUUUGUGUAUCAUAAUUAGUCACGCUUCUACACAAAUAGCAACACCCUUCUCAGCUGUAUAUACAAACAAUGUGAUUAUUUGUUUGAUUUAAUGACAAAAAUAUAGUGAAUGAACAAUUAUAAUCAUAAUACGAUACAUAUCUUACUUAUAGUUCUUAUAUUGUAAUAUACUGUAUCAUUACGUUAUCUAAUAAAAUGUAGUUUAAUGUUUCAUCUCGUCAAUACAAUACUCAUAAUUUGGUUACUUUUCAUCUAUACUAAUAUUUGUGACUGUCGUUUGUCUGUCUGUCUGUCUGUGUAACUGCCGUAGAUUCAUAUAUGUAUUAGAUUAGAAUGGUGAGCCGAAUGUCCGUAUUUGAGACUUGGUACGCAAGUCUAUGUGUUUGCUCAAAGUUGGAGUAUUCAUUGUUAAUUUAGAAUUAAUUACCGUUCUACUUUAUAUCUAAUUAAUAUUACUUUGUUACAUAUAUAUACCUUUUGUAAUAGGUUAUCAUAUUUCAUUAAGUAUGAAUUGGGUCAUUUAUUACUAAUUUAAGCUGAUUUGGUAAGCUCUAGCAUAUCCAGGAUUACUCCAGCGCACAACGUUUUUCCCGGGCAAAAAUGGAGGAGCCAUAGAAUUUUUGUGCGUGAUAAAGUUAAGAGUUUUCACGGUGACAUUAUUAAAUAUGACCGUUUUAACUAGUUUGCAUUACAGAGCUAUGGUUGCCACUUAUAGGGUGACCCAUGUACUCACAGAAAUACAGUCCACCGCUGAUAGUUCGAUACUACCACUGAAGCGUGCACAUUCGCCGUGCCGAGACCAACUUUCUGACAGUAUGAUACUAUAAAUAGCCAUGGCACGUGCAAUUCUCUACAAAUCGAUCAACUAUUACAGCCGUAAAAAAUUUAUUGUUGACGAUUUUGAAUAGCAGUAAAAUUAAGCUUCUUGGUUAUUACAGCAGAUUUAGAAAUUACGUUCGUUUCAUUUUUUAAAUCGCUUUAUCAUUAACUGUACCGUUAAGAGCGGCAUCUUUUGGUUUAGUACAAAUAAUAUCUCUGAAUCACUCGGGUUAGACAGGAACAUGAUACUAGCAGUAGUUUCAUUUUAUUUUACAAGCUUCUUAAAACGAUUGUUGAGCUACCUAACGUGCUUAUUUCUAAAUUCAAUUUCUUGUUCUAGCUUUCUGUUAUGUUUCGUAAAAAAGUAGUCUUGAUUAUCCCGACCUGUCAAUCAGACGUAGAAUUGUCGAUAGACUGGUUAAGCGAGACUAAUUUCAAAACAAGGGCACGUAACCUAUCUUUUACUCAAAAGUGUCUGGAUGUUAUGGACGACUCUUGGAACCAGUUUUCAGUCUAUUAUUUAUACAUGAUUAAUGGUCAUAGCUUAUUAAGUACAACAUGAUCGUUUAUUUAGUGACUAUAAUUGUGUGGAACUGAUUUGAGGCUUGGCAUAUAUAUAAAUAUUGUGGCGUAAUUGUCGAGAUAUAUGGAGAUAUUUAUUUAUGGUGGGUCACCCUACCACUUAGCAUUGUGUUUAUGCCGGCCGACUAACGGUUCAAGAUAUUUCUUCGGUCCGGUGACGUCAAUAUGUGAACUGUUGGACUCAUAAUAUUGGAUUAUGAUGAUGUGACGAUAUCAGCGGUAAACGUAUCUUAUUUUAGACCCUGAGUAUUUGUUGCAAUUACUUUGUUCUAACAGUCACAUACGUUUGUUAUUUAUGACGUCUACAUAAUUUCUGAUGUGACGGUUGAUUCACAGAUGUGGUAGAAAUCUAAGUAAUACCUAUCCGGUAGUGUUUAGUAUUUGAGAAUUUAAAAUGAAAGUUACAUAAGCUUCAAGUAUUUGAGUACUUAAGAAGAACAUAUAUGAUGUAAACUUUGUAUGUAUCCAGUUUGAACAGUUACUUUUAAUAAAUUUGUCAGGAGUAAUGAAA